UUAUCGGUAAUCUGCUCUCUCUUUCUCUAGUAUCUCUCUGGUUUUCAUACGCGAGCUCCCUUCAAUCUCCUUCUACCUUACAUAAUGAGAAAAUCUGAGAAAGAGAACAAUAAAUUUCAGAGGGGCUGAGAGUCCUCUGUUUUCCCUUCUCUUCUUUCUCUCUCCUCUCCUUCUUCUCUCCUGAAUUUCAUAAAUUUGGCGGGAAGAAGCCAUAACCAGUGAAGAUCGAAAUUAGGUCAAGUUCAAUUUUCUCUGUAGAUGGCCGCAAGCCCCAUCCCUUCGUCUAAACAAGAUGGAAGCCAUGGUUCUUCGUGUAGUAAUGGGACCAAUGGUUUGGUUAACGGAAACCCUAAUCAUCCAGCAGCAAAUUGUACUGCCGCUAAUGGGGGACAUGAAUUCCCCGGCACUGUUCAAGCUCUAAAGCAUAACCCUGGUAUCGCAGCUGAGUGGACCCAAGAGGAGCAAAACAUCCUGGACGAAGGCCUGAACAAGUAUGCUUCAGAAAAGCAAAUCAUUAUGAAAUAUGCCAAAAUUGCAAUGACAUUGAACAAUAAGACAGUUAGGGAUGUUGCCUUGCGAUGGAAGUGGAUGCAGAAAAAGGAAAUUGGAAAGAGAAGGAAAUCCGAGGAUCAGAACAUGACCAGAAAAAGUAAGGACAAGAAGGAAAAAGUUAAUGACCCUUCAUCAAAGCAGUCAACUCAUUUGGCAGCGCGGCCUAGUGUUUCUCCAUGUGCUGCACAAAUUUUUUCUAUGGACAAUGAUGAUGGUAUUUCUUAUAAAGCUAUUGGUGGUGCAACUGGGCAGAUGCUCGAGCAGAAUGCUCACAUGUUCAAUCAAAUAUCAACAAAUCUUGCAUCUUUCCAGUUUAAAGAAAACAUCAAGCUUUUCUGCCAAACUCGGGACAACAUCACGGCAAUCUUAAAUGACAUAAGCGAUAUGCCCGGCUUGAUGAAACAGAUGCCUCCACUUCCUGUGUCCAUUAACGAAGAUCUUGCCAACUCCAUCCUUCCUCGACCUCAAUCAAUGAAAUAAUAAAAUCAUGAAAUCAAGGGGAGAAAAAUAAAUAAAUGGGUGCAAAAAUUGACUAGUAUAUCUUUUUUCUAGAUCAGAAGAAUAAUAAUUCUCUGUAAAUUCCACUUGAUUUUUUCAUUUUUGAGUCAAGUUGGUUACGUGUUAGUUGGUCUUUGCAACAGCAGAUGGGUAGUGGUAGGUAAGAUGGAGAAUGAUUUUUAUGUUUUCAUUUUUUCCUUUUUGAUUUCUGGUAUUACUCAUUGGGAUAGAGAGUUAAGGCCUCAAGGGGCAGCAGCAGUUUAGAAGGAGAUUUGAUGUAAAGACCAUGGUAUAGACAUCCUUUUGUUGUUCUUAUUUUUGGGCAAUUUUGGAUGAAUUUUAUAGGUGUAAUUUUGUUUUUCUUUUUUCAUAGCACCAAGUGGUGCCGCUCA